AUGGGCGGCGCGGCGCUGUCGGGAGCGCUGUGGCUGGGGCUGCUGUGGGCCGGGAGCGGGGCCGGGGGGAGCUGCUCGGGAAGGUGUUGCGAGGGCCGGGACGCCGCCUGCGUCGGCGAGGGAUGGAGGGAGGGAGGGGGCUACGGGACCUGCUACUGCGACGGAGGAUGCCGGCGAGCCGGGGACUGCUGCCACGACCACGGCCAGGCGUGCCCGGCUCUUCCAUGUGUUGUGGGGGAGUGGAGUCAUUGGAGUGGCUGUGCAGAACAGUGUCAGCCCCAUCUGCGGAUACGUAGGCGCUAUAUACAACAGGAACCUAAAAAUGGUGGGGAACCUUGUCCUGCUCUAGAGGAGAAGGCUGGCUGCUUGGAAUACCUGACUUACCAGGGAGAGGACUGCGGCCAUGAACAUGUCCCUGCUUUCAUAACUACCUCUGAAUAUGGUAAAGAAAGAAAACGACGAGCAGCAUCUUCUCUCUGGCCUUCAGACAGAGAAGCUGGAUAUUGUGUGGAAUUCAAAACAGAAUCACUUUCACAUCACUGUGCUUUGGAGAAUCGGCCGUAUGCUCGAUGGAUGCAGUACCUACGAGAAGGACAUACUGUGUGUGUAGCUUGCCAGCCUCCAGCUAUGAAUACUGACACGCAUCGUUGUUCUGGAGAUGGGCAUAAUGCAGAUGGAGGUAAAAUCUUACACUGGGAAGCAGUUGGCAACUCUCAGUGCCAAGGAACCUGGAAGAAGAUUCGGCAACUGGAACACUGUUCAUGUCCCCUUGUGCAUAGCUUUAUUUUUACAUAAAAGUCUAAAAGACCUUUAAAACAGCAACAACAAAAAGUUUAAGAAAAUUAAGACCAAUGCCAAGAAACCUACACCUUUCUGCUGCGUUUUCUGGGGCCUAAACAAACUUUAAAGGAGUCAGAACUUUGGAAGAAGCAUUUCGGGAAACUCUCUCUGCCUUAAUACAAAACGCUAAGACUGAUCUUUAUUAGAACACUAGAAGCAUGUUUCCAUGUUUCUCUUUUGUUAAAGGGCUAAUGUUUCUAAUCAUAGUAGCUGCUUUUCCUAAAGUUCUCAUUCUAGUUCCAGCCACAGUCCUGUCUACAGGCACUGCUCCUACUCAGUAGUGAGCCAGCCCAACAUUCUCGAGUCUGAGAAUAGUUACUGUCAUCAUUAAAUAGCAAGGGUGAAUAAAAAUGAAAGUUUGAGAGCUAAAACUGGAUCUCAGUUUAGAUCCUUUGUUUCUUCCCAAUAUCAUCUAGACAGUUGUUUAUACUACAAGUGGAUAGGUAUUCUUCCUCUACAUUGCAGUUUUCACGUUCAGCCACCGUCAUAAAGACAUAUGACUAAUCAGCGUUGUGAAGGAAGUAGU